CUAUUGAUCGAUGUUAAAGUUAUGUUGUGUGGAAGGAAAAUCCUAAAUAAAUAUGUUUUUAAUUAGAAAAACUAUACGGAAUUCCAUAAAAUCAUGUUCUAAAUUAAAAACAAAUCCGGUUCGCUUGUGUUCAAAUAACUCUGAAGUAGAAACCACUAACAAUAUUUCAUCUUUAGAAAGCGAAUACAAUUCACUGGCAGACAUCUGUUUAGGCUUAAAAAGCAUACAUAAGUGCUUAAUUAUUCAACCCUAUGUCAAAUGGGGUCCACAGAAACUUCCGAUUACCCCCCAAGAACAAUUAGAGGAAGCUACUGCUUUGAUUCAGACUUUACCGGGUUGGCAAGUUCUGGAGAAAAGUUGUAUUCCUUUAGAUAAUUUAGAUAGGAAAACAUUGUUUAAGUCAGGUAGUUUAGAUAGGAUCAAAGCUUUAGUGGAGUCUUCAACAAUAAGCGCAAUUUUUGUUAAUGUCAUCCAUUUAAAAAAAGUGACAAUUACAAUCCUACAGGAAUAUUUUAGAAAACCAGUUUUAGAUCGUUAUAAUAUAGUAAUGCAAAUAUUAAAAAAUCACGCGACUAGUAAAUAUGCCAAGCUACAAGUAGCUUUAGCUGAAAUGUACUAUAUUAAAAGAAAAUCAGAACUAGGCUUAUUAUCCCGAUCAUAUAAUAAAGAAACUUUGAAAUUAAUAUUUCAAGAAAAAGAGCAAAAGUUGAAAAAAGAGAUAGAUGAAUUAAGAAGUCAGAGAUCACUGUUAAGAAAAAAUCGAAAAAAAAUGGACUACCCGGUUGUCGCUGUUGUGGGUUACACUAAUGCGGGUAAAACUUCCAUCAUAAAAACAUUGACUGAUGAUGAAAAUCUUACUCCAAAAGAUCAGUUGUUUGCAACUCUUGAUGUUACAGUGCAUCAAGGUCAAUUGCCAUUGGGUUUAGAUGUACUUUAUGUUGAUACAGUAGGAUUUCUUUCAGAUAUUCCUACAAAUUUAAUUGAAUGUUUUGUCGCUACUCUGGAAGAUGCUUUACUUGCAGAUGUGAUUUUGCAUGUUCAAGACCUAUCAAGCACUUGUUAUGAAUAUAAGAGGGACCAUGUUAUCCAAACACUACAGGAUCUGGAAAAGCAGUCCGGUGUAAUUCAAGUUAUGGAGAAAGUUGUUGAUGUGGGGAAUAAAUGUGACCUUUUUACUGGUGCGAAAAAACCUGAUAUUCUACCUGUUUCAGCAAAAUUCAAUGUAGGUUUAGAUGAAUUGAAGAAUGUACUUCAGGAAAACAUUUUAAAAUUUACUCAAAGGCAAAACAUAGUCGUUAGAAUUCCAAAUGGGGGCCAGGAAAUGACGUGGUUGUAUAAAAAUGGCGUUGUCUUAAACGAAUCGGCGGAUCCGAAUGACCAGCAGUUUACUUCACUUGAUGUUAUUCUGACACAAAGCAACUUGCAGAAAUUCAAACAUUAUUUUAAAUAAAUUUGUGUUACGAAUUGUUGGUUAUUAUUUU